GACAAAACCCUAGUUUAUCAGAGAACACCGAUAAAAACCGUCAGUUUUGCAUUAAACCAGUUUCAUUAUGUGGAAUAGUAAACAGUAACUCACCAGCACGUGAAGGUUAUGAUGAAGUGGUUUUUCAUUCAGUUAGUUCGCAGGUGAUUGGAGUGAAUAUCAGUAUUUUAGUUAGUUAGCAUAUGUUAGAAUCUUCGUCUAGUUAAUUUUUUGUGAGGAGAAAUUGAUAGAAGAUGGAUAAAAUAAAAACUGGAAAGUUUCAGGUGGAAAACGUGAGAAUGGUCGAUAAAUACAGUAAUAACCAUGUGGUUGGCACUCUGUAUCUGACUGCAACUCAUUUUAUCUUCACGGAUCCGGCUGGAAAAAAACAGAUUUGGGUCUUGAAUACGCAUAUAUCAUCAAUUGAGAAGCAGCCCCUCACCACAGCAGGAUCUCCACUCCACAUUCGCUGCAAGCACUUCCUAACGAUAAUCUUCAUAAUAACAAAAGAACGUGACUGCCAUGACAUAUACAUAACCCUCACACGUCUCUCCUCUCCCUCAAAAAUCGAGGAUCUCUACUGUUUUAAUGCCCACCGAGCUCGCAACUCCCGAGGCAAAUCUGAUGGUUGGAGUCUCUUUGACAUGCAAUCUGAAUAUCAACGUCAAGGUCUCCCUAACAGCGAGUGGGCACUCUCUUAUCUAAACUCCAACUACGAACUUUGUGAUACUUAUCCCCGUUAUAUCUACGUACCCUCAACCUGUACAAAUAAUAUUCUAUUGGGUUCAGCAAAGUUCAGAAGCAAAGGGCGACUUCCAGUGUUGACUUAUCUUCAUUCCAACAAAGCGGCGAUAUGUCGAUGCAGUCAGCCCCUCUCGGGCUUCAACGCUCGUUGUCCAGAGGACGAGCAAAUGCUCUACCACAUCGCCUGCACAAAUUCCACUUCAAAAUUCAUGUACGUGGUGGACACCAGACCCAGGAUCAAUGCAAUGGCCAAUAGAGCGGCAGGAAAGGGUUACGAGAAUGAAAAUUUCUACGACAACAUAAAGUUUAGGUUUUUUGGCAUCGAGAACAUUCAUGUUAUGAGAACGAGUUUGACGAAACUUAUGGAACUGCAGAGAUCAACAUCAAUGUCUGCGUUUUUAAGUGGAUUGGAAAGCAGUGGAUGGCUGAAACACAUAAGAUCAAUUUUGGAAACUGGCUGGUUUAUUGCUAAAGCAAUUUCCAAUGGAGUCACUGUGGUGGUUCAUUGCAGUGACGGCUGGGACAGAACAGCUCAAGUCUGCUCCAUUGCUGCCCUGCUCCUGGAUCCGUUCUACAGAACUAUUCAGGGUUUUCAGGCCCUCGUCGAGAAAGACUGGCUAGCAUUUGGGCAUAAAUUUACUGACAGAUGUGGACAUGUCACGGGUGAUCCUAAAGAAUUAGCUCCCAUUUUUACGCAAUUCAUCGAUGCAACUUAUCAACUUUAUCGACAAUAUCCUUACAUGUUUCAGUUUAAUGAAUAUUUUCUGCUGACUCUGCAUGACAGUGUGCACAGUUGUGAGCAUGGAACGUUUGUGGGGAAUAGUGAGAGGGAGAGAGUUCUACUUAAAUUAUCGGAGAGAACCAAAUCCCUCUGGGGUGACAUUGCCACGCAAAUACACGAAUUUAUUAAUCCUCUUUAUGCUUGUAAUAAGUACAAGGAUGAGUGUAAUAAGGUACUGGAACCGAAUUUAUCACCACAGUGUAUUGAACUCUGGAGGGAAAUGUAUUUCAGAUUUGAGAAUGGAAUUCAUGCCAGGGAGACUGGUGAUGAUUUUUUGCUGUCUAUUCAUAAUCACACGUCGAGUUUGGAGGAUCAUGUGAAGUAUCUUAUCAAGAAGAUCAAUGGACUUGGUAUUGGUAACAGUGGAAAACAUAAUUCUGAACAAAAGUGCAAUUAUGAUAAUGAUAAGUUUUGUUUGGAGGAAGACAGACGAGUUGUAAAGAAGGAGUUGAGUCAAGGAGAACUGGAGAAAACCAAAGAAUUGUUGGAGGAGAUUCAGGAUGAGAUGAAGACUGUUGCUGUCGAGUGGAAGUCUAGCAGCAAAGUGGAGCAGUGCACGUGUCCUAUUACUUUUGACACUUUUACGAAAAAGAAUCACUGCUGGUCAUGCGGAAAUGUAUUCUGCACUCGUUGCAUGUCAGACAAAGAUACAUUCACAUUUCUACCAGGACACGCAUCUCAACGUGCCGUACCAGUCUGCAAAACGUGCUCCCAGUCUUCACCCCACGGUCCUUCUUGAAGAAUUUACACAUUUUUUAUUAGAAAACCGUCAAUGCCUGAAGACCACAGAAGACUGAGGUUUUAAUUCCUCACUUGAUCGCACGUGUAAAACAUUUUCGGACUAUUUCAGAAGACUUGUACAAUAAAGGAUUUCGCCUA